UACUAUACUAUUCAGAGGGAGAAAAUAAUUGUCUGUUAUUUCAACCCCUCUAAACAGGAUACCAUACUUGCAGAACUCCUUCAGAUACAUAAAGAACACAUUGUAGGAUAUCAUGAACAUGAUUCUCUUUUGGACCACAAAGAAGAAGAAGAGUUGACUGAAGAAGAAAGAAAAGCAGCUUGGGCUGAGUAUGAAGCAGAGAAGAAGGGACUGACCAUGCGUUUCAACAUACCAACUGGGACCAAUUUACCCCCUGUCACUUUCAACUCUCAAACUCCUUAUAUUCCUUUCAAUUUGGGUGCCCUGUCAGCAAUGAGUAAUCAACAGCUGGAGGACCUCAUUAAUCAAGGAAGAGAAAAAGUUGUGGAAGCAACAAACAAUGUGACAGCAGUGAGGAUUCAACCUCUUGAAGAUAUAAUUUCAGCUGUCUGGAAGGAAAACAUGAAUCUCUCAGAGGCCCAAGUACAGGCGUUAGCAUUAAGUAGACAAGCCAGCCAGGAGCUUGAUGUUAAACGAAGAGAAGCAAUCUACAACGAUGUAUUGACAAAACAACAGAUGUUAAUCAGCUGUGUUCAGCGAAUACUUAUGAACAGAAGGCUCCAGCAGCAGUACAAUCAGCAGCAACAGCAACAGAUGACUUAUCAACAAGCAACACUGGGUCACCUCAUGAUGCCAAAGCCUCCAAAUUUGAUCAUGAAUCCUUCUAACUACCAGCAGAUUGAUAUGAGAGGAAUGUAUCAGCCAGUGGCUGGUGGUAUGCAGCCACCACCAUUACAGCGUGCACCACCUCCAAUGAGAAGCAAAAAUCCAGGACCCUCCCAAGGGAAAUCAAUGUGAUUUUGCACUAAAAGCUUAAUGGAUUGUUAAAAUCAUAGAAAGAUCUUUUAUUUUUUUAGGAAUCAAUGACUUAACAGAACUCAACUGUAUAAAUAGUUUGGUCCCCUUAAAUGCCAAUCUUCCAUAUUAGUUUUCCUUUUUUUUUUUUUAAAUAGGGCAUACCAUUUCUUCCUGACAUUUGUCAGUGAUGUUGCCUAGAAUCUUCUUACACACAUUGAGUACAGAAGAUAUUUCAAAUUGUUUUCAGUGAAAACAAGUCCUUCCAUAAUAGUAACAGCUCCACAGAUUUCCUCUCUAAAUUUUUAUGCCUGCUUUUAGCAACCAUAAAAUUGUCAUAAAAUUAAUAAAUUUAGGAAAGAAUAAAGAUUUAUAUAUUCAUUCUUUACAUAUUAAAAAAACACAGCUGAGUUCUUAGAGUUGAUUCCUCAAGUUAUGAAAUACUUUUGUACUUAAUCCAUUUCUUGAUUAAAGUGAUUGAAAUGGUUUUAAUGUUCUUUUGACUGAAGUCUGAAACUGGGCUCCUGCUUUAUCAUCUCUGUGACUGAAAGUUAGAAACUGAGAGUUAUCUUUGACACAGAAUUGUGUGCAAUAUUCUUAAAUACUACUGCUCUAAAAGUUGGAGGAGUCUUGCAGUUAUCUUAGCAUUGUAUAAACAGCCUUAAGUAUAGCCUAAGAAGAGAAUUCCUUUUUCUUCUUUAGUCCUCCUGCCAUUUUUUAUUUUCAGUUAUAUGUGCUGAAAUAAUUACUGGUAAAAUUUCAGGGUUGUGGAUUAUCUUCCACACAUGAAUUUUCUCUCUCCUGGCACGAAUAUAAAGCACAUCUCUUAACUGCAUGGUGCCAGUGCUAGUGCUUCAUCCUGUUGCUGGCAGUGGGAUGUGGACUUAGAAAAUCAAGUUCUAGCAUUUUAGGAGGUUAACACUGAAGUUGUGGUUGUUAGGUUCACACCCUGUUUUAUAAACAACAUCAAAAUGGCAGAACCAUUGCUGACUUUAAGUUCACAUGAGGAAUGUGCUUUAACAAUUCCCAGUACUAUCGGUAUUGUGAAAUAUUCCUCUGAAAGAUAAGAGUCACUGGCUUCUAUGCGCUUCUUUUCUCUCAUCAUCAUGUUCUUUUACCCCAGUUUCCUUACAUUUUUAAAAAAUUGUUUCAGAGUUUUGGUUUUUUUUUUUUUUUUAGUUUAGAUCAUAAGGCAAUUAUUAAAUCAAAAUUAAUUCAUCCAAUACCCUUUUACUAGAAGUUUUACUAGAAAAUGUAUUACAUUUUUUUUCUUAAUCCAGUUCUGUAAAAAUGACCUAUAAUUUUAUUCAUGUACAAUUUUGGUUACUUGAAUUCUUAAAGAAAACAUUGUUUUUGACUAUGGGAGUCAAUUCAACAUGGCAAAACCAUUUUUGAGAUGAUGAUAUAACAGGUAGUGAAACAGCUUAAGAAUUCAGAAAAAACUGGGUGUAGGCUUUGCUCUAGGUAUCACUGGAUUAGAAUGAAUUUAACAUUAGCUAAAACUGCUUUGAGUUGUUUGGAUGAUUAAGAGAUUGCCAUUUUUAUCUUGAAAUAACUAGUGGUAAAACAUCCGGGAGCACUAGAAUUGUGAUAAUAGAAUCUGUGAGGUUUGGUGGAUCCCUCCCCCACCUUCCCAUGAUGAGAUAUCACUAAUAAUUUGUGUAUAUUUAGAUAUCAUGCCAGCCAUGUAAUCAGAUUUAUUUAAUUGGGCGGGGCAGGUGUGUAUUUACUUUAGAAAAAAUGAAAAGGACAAGAUUUAUGAGAAAUAUUUGAAGGCAGUAUACUCUGGCCAACUGUUAUCAGUUGGUAUUUCUACAAGUUCAGAAUACUUUAAACCUGAUUUACUAGACCUGGGAAUUUUCAACAUGGUCUAAUUAUUUACUCAAAGACAUAGAUGUGAAAAUUUUAGGCAACCUUCUAAACCUUUUUCACCAUGGAUGGAACUAUAACUUAAAGAAUAACACUUAGAAGGAUUAAUUGGAAAUCAGAGUUUGAAAUAAAACUUGGACCACUUUGCAUACACUCUUCUCACUGACAUUUUAGCUACAUAAUAUGUACUUUGAGUAUAACAUCAAGCUUUAACAAAUAUUUAAAGACAAAAAAAUCAUGUCAAUAAAAUACUAAAAGGCUCAUUUUUAUAUUUGUUUUAGAUGUUUUAAAUAGUUGCAAUGGUUAAAAAUGAUGAUUUAAAAUGUUGCUUGUAAUACAGUUUUGCCUGCUAAAUUCUCCACAUUUUGUAACCUGUUUUAUUUCUUCGGGUGUAAAGCGUUUUUGCUUAGUAUUGUGAUACUGUAUAUGUUUUGUCCCAGUUGUAUAGUAAUGUUUCAGUCCAUCAUCCAGCUUUGGCUGCUGAAAUCAUACAGCUGUGAAGACUUGCCUUUGUUUCUGUUAGACUGCUUUUCAGUUCUGUAUUGAGUAUCUUAAGUACUGUAGAAAAGAUGUCACUUCUUCCUUUAAGGCUGUUUUGUAAUAUAUAUAAGGACUGGAAUUGUGUUUUUAAAGAAAAGCAUUCAAGUAUGACAAUAUACUAUCUGUGUUUUCACCAUUCAAAGUGCUGUUUAGUAGUUGAAACUUAAACUAUUUAAUGUCAUUUAAUAAAGUGACCAAAAUGUGUUGUGCUCUUUA